UUCGUCAGCAAAAAGGCACGUUGUGUUUUCCCAACAAGCAACAAGGAAGCAUAAAACACAAUCAUAACAUUAUUAUGAGCUGAAUUCCGGUAUUAUCUCAGUCGCCCUUCUGUUGACAACAGGAGCUGCCAAAAUGUGGAUUCUGAGUCAGUUGAUUAAGGGAUUAAAUGCAUGGUUCUAAGGACAGAGGAAUAUCAGAGAAGACUGGAAGCAGUUAAUGCUUUGAAACAGUCACCAACCUGCAAUGGCAUCUUUUGUGGCAUUACUGUAUACAAUAUGCAUUUUUUCAACAAUUGUUACAGUAGAAAGUCAGAUUAGCACAGUAUUUUCAAAUCCAGUGAAAAAUUUUCCUUUAGGAAAUAUAGAGUUUGAUCCUCAGACUGAUGCUUUUUUUGUGAGUGCAAAGAAUGUCUUGUACAAGUUUAACAGAGAAGAUUUUCAAGAGGAGUUGAAAAAUAUAACAGGCCCUCAAGUUGGCUGUAAAACUGAAAAUGGAAAAUCAUGUGAUGACCACAAUUCUGUGAUGGUGGUUACAUCCAAUGGUUUGAUAACAUGUAGCACAUCGAACAGUGGACGUUGCAUUCGGAGGAACAAAGAAAAUUUGAAAAAUAUAUCACCUGAUGUGACUAAUAUUGCAUUAGUCUCAGAUGUUGAUGCUUCAGCAGUUGGCAUCUUUUUAAAUAUUCGUGUAAGGGAUAAACAAAAGAACAAAAGUAUUGUCCUGUUUGCAAAACAGUAUUCACCUAUCAUUGCUCUGCAGAAAUUAGAUAGAAGUGCUAUUUUUUCUGUCUUACCAACUCUCAAAGACAAAGCUAUUAGUUCAGAUUUGAAAGAAAGUGGCAUAUUUGAUGUGUUUUUGAAAAAGAUAGACGGGGUACCUAUGAGUAAAAUGGAUUACAGAGUUGUCAUGGAAAAUGAAGAAUUUGUUUUUCUCCUAGUUAAUCAAGACUCGCAAGCUAAACUUGUCAAACUUUGUAAGUCUAUUGAUAGUGAGAAUCCAAAAAGAGUUUAUGAAGACAUCCCCAUUGCUUGUUCUGGUAAAGAUGGAACCAACUAUACUCAUGUUGUGCAUGGAACUUUUGUUUCUGAGAAGAGGUAUUUGGUGGCUCUGUUCUCCACUUCACCAUCUACUGUUACUUCAGCUGUGUGUGUUUAUAGCAAAGAGGAGAUAUAUGAGGCAUAUCUGGAUUCAAGAAAAGAUAGAUUUGAAUGUCCAAAGCAUGAUCUGCAACAAAGGGAUGAAGUAUUUGAUGAUGUGUCAAAAUUCAACAUAGAUAAAUGUGUUAACCUAUCUGAAGAUGAGGUAAUUGAUGAUGGUACACUAAAUCAUAAUUAA